AUCAGUCGUGUUUUUAUUGCUGUGUCGUUUAAAAGCCUUGUCAUUGCGCAAUCUUUUGUGUAUAUUUUCUUUCUUCUAUGUCGAUCAUGUUAUGAUAUUUAAAUUUAUAACAAAAAAUCGAAAUUUGUACUACCCCCAUACAAAAUGUGUUCAUAACUUUGAAAUAAAAUAAGAAUUAAGUUUGGAAAAAAUCGUCUUGAAACAAUCCGAAAAUUUCAAAGAUUAGUAAAACUAAUCUAUCUUGUGGUUCAAUUUGUCUAAAAAUUUUAGUUUGAUAACAUAUCAACAAUAGUCUCGAAAACAGAAUCUCACCUAAACAAAAAUGGAAACAGAUAACGUGGUAAUUCGAUUAGUACCAGAAAAGAAAGGUCUUAUUCUUAAACAUUCUGAAUAUGAGAUAACUACACGAAAAUACAAAACCACAGUUGUUCGUCGAUACAAUGAUUUUGUCACUCUUCACAGUUUGUUGGUUUCACGUUUUCCUUAUCGAAUGGUGCCACGCUUGCCCCCUAAACAAUUGAUGCUCGAUUCAUUUCUCGAAGAACGCCGACGAGGUCUACAACGAUAUCUACAAAUAGUCUGUCAGCAUCCAUUACUAAAUUCUGGACCAAUGCUUGAGACAUUUCUUACAGAUAAAUCGAAUGAACACAUUGAACAUCUGAGAGCGGUAUUCUCAAAGGAACUUGAUGAAUACUCGGCGCUUAGUGAAAAUGAGGACCUUCCACUUGAAGACCAAGGCAGACUUGCAGCCAGCAGAGAAAAUAUGCGAACAAUGCUUAAUUCUGUGAUACGACUGAAACGUUUACUUGAGCAACAUUCCCAACGAUUACAAAAUCAAGCUGUUGAUUUUAGUGAAAUGUCAAAUAUUUUAAAAAAUAUUGAUGCUUCAAAUUGUUUUAAAAAUCAAUCAUUUACCUCUUUACAAUCGAGUCUCAAUUCAACAGUUACAACAACAACAAAAAGUUCAGCAACAUUAAGUUAUGCGAUAACGGAGAAAAUUAAUUUAUUGUUGGAUAUUUUAACGGCACAUAGUGACCUUUGUGAUCGAGUUGAAAGAGGUAUAGUUUCCGAUCACCAGAGGGCGCUCUCAAAAAUGCUUACGAUAAAUAAGCAAAAAAUUAAAGGUGUGAUACGUGGAAGUGCUCCUGAAGAUGUUCAAGCCCUCCAUCAACAAGAAGUCGCUCAAAAUGGAGUUGUUGGUACGCUUGGCAGAAAAAGUGCAUUUAGUUUGCGAUGUGUUUUGCAAGAAACAUCAUUGGCUAAUAAAUAUCUACAGAUAUUACCCUCCGUACUUUUAUCAUUCUCUUAUGAACAACAAGUUUUGAAUUCAGAAACAGCAAAAGCUUGGGAAACUGUGAUGACAAAUGAGUGCAAUCAAUUAAAUCAAUAAAAAUAAACCAUUUUUAAUAAUAAAUAAAUGAAAUAAGACAAAUUAAGAAAGUAAUUAUAAUUAAUAUUUUGUAAUAUUUGUUUUUAGAUUGAAUAUUUUUUUUUUAUAAUAAAUAAAUUGUUUAUGUUGAUCAUUAA